AUGACUCUGCCCCGUCAAGACAUUGAAUUCAAGGCUUGCGAUGGCACCAUUCUUCGCGGAUGGUUAUAUCCAAGGCACGAGAUCUCGCCAUGCAUCAUCAUGACCCAUGGACUUGGCGGCACUCGCCACUUCUUACUGCCCCGGUUCGCCUCCGCUUUCAACGAGGCAGGAUAUGCCGUCUUGCUCUACGAUAACCGUAACUGGGGAGACAGCGAUGGUCUACCUCGACAAGAGUCGAACCCAGCGUUGCAGCAAACCGACUACUUCGACGCAUUCAACUAUGCCAUCACCUUGCCCUGUGUCGACGGCGACAGGAUAAUAUACUGGGGCAGUAGCUUCUCGGGCGGCAAUGUCAUCUAUGCGGCAGCGAUAGACAAGCGAAUCAAAGCUGCCAUCAUUCAAGCGCCUGCCGUGUCUGGCGAGACUCGAUCUCUUGCGUUCAGGCAUCGCAUUCCGGAGCUACUGGAGGACAGAAAACGGAUCACUUCCGAUCUGGGUCAUUCUACUGUACCGCUGAUUGCGCCUGAUCGAGAGUCUGCUGAUCCGUCUAAAACAGACGCCAUGUUCCCAACCAAGGAUGCCUACGACAUUUUGAUUGAGCAAGGGAAUUGUGGCAGCCAGUGGGAAAACUAUGUCACGUCUCAGACUCAACUGCACAUGCUCAGUUUUGAGGCUCAGGCAAUGAUCCAUAGGAUCUCCCCCACACCGCUCCUGUUUGUCAUCCCAGGCAACGACGUCCUUGUUUCAACAUCGUCCCAGAUGGAUGCCUUCAACAAGGCUCGGGAGCCGAAGCAGUUGCAUUACCUGAAAGAAUGCGGCCACUUUGAUAUAUACCUGGGGGAUUACUUUCGAGACAACAUCAAGGCGCAGAUCCAGUUCCUAGAACGAUAUGUUAAGUAG